CAGGAUCGUGAAGGGAUGGACUGCUGGGUGGAAGCUUUCGUCCUAUCGCUUCUUAUAACAGGGUGAUUGAAGGCGAAGGCAGUUAAUCAAAAUGCCUGAGGAGAUGGCGGAUGGCGGGAGGAAGCUUGUAACGCUCGACGACCUCAUCGAUGCCCUGGAUAAGCGCGAGAGAGCUCCGAGCAAUGUCCCGAAGGUUGAUACUUUCCACUUCAAGGGGGAAUGGGUGUCCGACUGGCAGGACCUGACUGAGCAAGCACUGGUGGGGCUGCCGGACGAGGUUAAGCUCCAGCGAGUCCUAAGAUAUGUCCUUCAUAGCCACCAUCAGGAAGUGGGCAAGGUCGUGGAUGCCGCCAAUGGUAGUUGGGCGAGGUUCAGGGACAUGAUGCAGAGAAAGUACAGGUUGGGGGAUGACUUGCUAACCAUGGCGGAUUUGGAGGCCAUGAACAAGGAUGAUUUCUCCACGAUUGGGGCGUUUGUGCACGAGUUUAAAAGGAAGGUGCGGAAGGUGCACGGGAUCUCCGAAGAAAUACAGUGUGCCAUAUUCUUGGGUCUGCUUACUGGCUCGGAGGCCUCGGAGCUGACGGGUCACGGAGGGGGAAGUGAGAAACUCACCUGGGCCACUAUCGACAAAGGGGUGGAAGUGGGGAGCCUGGACCAGGUGGAGCAGCACCAAGUGCGGCUGCAAAGGCGCAAGAGAAAGGAAAGGGACGCCACCGCGUCCGGGACCCCAGGGGUGAAGAGGAUCGUCACAGACGUAUUGGCAGCGCUGGGGUAUGAUAAUGAGGCGGAAGUGCAAAAGAGGGGAGUGACCGUGGCACAAGGCCGGGCGUCAAGGGCAGUGGAAGAGGAGGCUAGGCGCGAGGACUAUGGCAGAGAAGAGACGGGCUCCCAGAUCCUAACCAAAGCCCAGAGGAAGCAGCAGAAUUUACAAGUGGGGGGUCAAGGAUCCGGAAAAGGGCAGGUCCCGCAAACAAUUGCUGCGCCGCCACCUGCGGCCACGACAAUGUCAGCAACGGUCGGGCCGUCAUGUAUGGGGCCGCCGCCGGCUUGUGGGCAUUGCGAGGAUGAGUUGUUAGGGUUAAUCUCCUCCUGUAUGGAUGGGGAUAUAUAUGACAAGUGGGGUGAGCAUAUCGACCCCAGGACCCCAGGAGGAAUCAGGCAAGAGGCUCUCCGGCGAGCAGCAGCGGGACCCACAUCACCCCCGACAAUGUUUAGGAUGUGGCAGGAGAAGGAAGGGCCGACCGUAAGAGUCGAGGAGAUUGUAGGGGAUAGUGAGGAAGUCACUCAGCGACUAAAGGCGGGGACUAUAAGGGAGGAGCCAAUAGUCGUCGAAUCGGAUGACGAGGGGCAGGAAGGCGAAGGAGAGUCGGCCAUAGUCGUCCUGGGGAGGAUGGAAGAUCUGCUGGAAAAGGUGGGAAGGUACCAGGGGAAGUUGCAGGCCCUGUGUGAAGAAGCCCGAGAGUGGGAGGCCAAUCUGCUUGAGGUCUUCCUCUACGACUCCGGACCUGAGCCUUCGUCAGGACAACAGGGGUACCCAAGGGUGGCAACCGUAGGGACGGGCCCUAGGUCAAGUAUGGCCUAUAGACCCCCCACGUCGCAUUGGAGGGUGCCACAGGCGGCUCGGACCAGAAGCCAAAAUAAGGCCGGGCCUAGCCAAGAGCCCAGUCAGGCACCCAAUCAGGCACCCAGUCAGGCACCUCCUCGAGGGGAGUCUGAGCCAGGGCGCAGGAAGGAGGUGGUGGAAGUCCCGGAGGAAGAGGAAGAGGAUGACGAUGAGGAGGAUGAGAGGCUCCGACAAGAGGAGGAUCAACGAGCGGAGAUGAGGGCCAAAAAGAGAGGAGCCCGGGAGGAGGCCGAGCCAAGCCUGCCCGACAGCGUGCCUAAGAGGAAGAAGUACGAGGUCCGGAUGGAGGAAGGCUUUGAUGUGGAGCGGAUGGUGGACAAACUCCUGGAAGGCCAUAAUGACUUUAUGAACCUAAAGGACAUCCCGGCGUCGGCGCCAAGACUCUGUGGUGAGUUGAAGGGACGACUGUCACGAAGGCUGGUGCCAAAUGUCCAUCUGAGUACGGUCCUGCCCAGAGAGGUGGAGUGGAUUGAGGUAGGGAGAAGGAUGGAUUGGAAAUGUGUGGCGUGCGGGCAGGUGGAUCUGGUGAUAAAGAACCAGAAGUGCACUGGGAUGGUGGACACGGGCGCAGAAAUGAACAUCAUCACGGAGAAGGAGGCGGUGAUGAUAGGCAUGGAGAUCGACCGCUCGGACCAUGGCAUGCUACAUGGUGCUAACUGCAAGGCCGCCUUUUGUGGCACAACGUCAAAUGUGAUUAUAGAGAUUGGGAAGGUGCGAGUCAGGACUUGUUUUUUCGUUAUGCCCGAUGUCGAUCACCCCAUCCUCCUGGGGAGGUCGUUCUUGUGUCGGACGGAAAUGUUGAUCUUCAACAAGCACGACGGAACAAUGAUCCUGCUCCUGUGCGACCCGGCGUGUGGGAAUUAUGAAGUUAUCGCCUGCGGGAACACGGGGCUGGGGAGCGGGAGGAAUAGGCCCAAUCUAGGCUCGUUCACCUUUGAGGAAUCAGAGAACGAGCGGCGACGGUUUUGGGAAGUGCCCAAGGAGGAAGAUAGGGCUGAGGUGCUGACAUUGAGCCUCACGGAUGUGAAUAAGGCCAUGGAGGUGGUAUCGGCUCACGACAUGGCGGAUCAAGGGGCCAUUAAGGCUUUGAGGGAACAGGUUUUGGAGAACCCUCAGGGGUACGAGCAGAAGGGAGAGUUAGUCCUCAAGCCCUUUCAGGAGGAGGAUCCGUGGGGAAGUAAGGAUGUUGGUUGGAUGAUGAAGUUGUCGUUGGCAGGUACGCAUAGUCUGGUGGAGGAAGUAAGGACAAUGGAGGAGGGCCCCACUCAGGUAGAGGAGCAUGAGCAGCUAAUGGGAGGGAUGUACCUGCUUACCAAUACGUUCCUGCAAGGAAACUUCGACCGAAAGGGCUCGUUCAGUCACGAGGAGAAUGAGAUUCUGGUUCCUGAAAGCCGGGACGACGAAUUCGAGGAAGGAAAAAUCAAGGAGGUGUUUCGGGCGGAGGAGUACGAUGGGAUCUACCGGGAAUCGGGGUUGCUCCUAUCAUGUGAGAUGAGGGAUAGAGAUGCGAGUGCCAAGGCACAGAAAAUGAGGCACCUCUAUGUGGUAAGAGACGGCCACUUGUUUAUAAAGCGGUAGGUCGGGAACCCCAAGAGGAUUGUAUGUGGGAUAAACCGGCAAAUUGAUA